UGAGUGUGGCUCCGCCUGCAGUCGGAGUGUCUGAGGUGACAACUCCGUGUGUUUCCGUGAGGCUUGGGGAGCAACCUGGCGACAUUUUGGCCUCUCUCCUUUCACAAAAGACAUCGAGCAGGCUCCGGGAGGCGGAAGAGGAGGCCUGUCCAUGCACCCAGCGAGGCCACCCGCUCUCCGUGGACCCUGCCUUUGGGCAGGCCCCGAGGGGCAUGAGGAGAGCUGGGAGUUCUGGCCCCGCCACCCACCUGUCUGUCUGGUGACUUUGGGGGGAACCACUGACGCUGCCCAGCCAGCCUCCUCCAACGCGAAGGUGGCGGGAACCUCUCCACCGCUGGCGAGAAUUCCGUGGCAUCAGGCGCGGGAAACACCACGCGCGUCGUUAAACGGUGGGGGGCCCCGAGCGAGGAGCCAGAGCCUGAGGUGGGAGAGAGUGGAAGGAAGGGAUGGUGAGAAAGACAGAGAGAAACCCUGGCCGGGAACCAAACCCACGACCCUGGAAGGACCAAUGUUCUAACACGGGACAAGGUACGACUUGCCCUUGAUAUUGACGUGCCAUCUCGUACCCCACCCAAGCCUCAAACUACGAAAGGGGAAUGAGAAUUGGUAUUCAAAUCCUUGGCCACAGUACAGAAAAGCAUCCCCUAUAAGCCCAGAGCCAUCGAGGUGAACUUCUUUUAUUUCCUCGAAGUUGUUGGACAUUGUAGCUGCUCUCCUUCCACUGGCUGGGGAAUUCUCGAAGAGAAUCUACUUGUCUUUCCAUGCGGUUCUCUUUGUGGUUUUUUUGUUUCUUUUUGUGAUCAAGUUCCAGAUGGCUCAGCAGUGCCUCCAAAAUGAAUAUUUUGACAGAUUGCUGAAUGCUUGCAAAUCGUGUCACCUUCGGUGUUCUAAUACCCCUCCUCUCAUAUGUCAGCGUUUCUGCAAUACAAUGAAAGGAACAAAUACCACUCUCUGGACCUGUUUGGGCCUGAGCUUGCUGUUGUCUUUGACAAUUUUCGUGCUGAUGAUCUUGCUAAGGAAGAUGAGCUCUGAACCUUCAAAGGACGAAUUUAGAAGCACAGGAUCACCUCUUCGGAACGAGGUGAAUGCUGACCUGGGUGGUAAAGAAGAUAGCAGGACCGGUGAGGAAAUUCUUUCCAGAAGCCUGGAGUACACUGUAGAAGACUGUACCUGUGAAGACUGUGUCAAGAGCCAACCAAAGGUCGACUCUGACCAUUUCUUUCCGCUCCCAGCAAUGGAGGAAGGCGCAACCAUCCUUGUCACCACAAAAACGAACGACUACUGCAGUGGCCUGCUAGCUAUUGAGAGUCUCACAAGGAUGGAGAAAUCCAUUUCCACCAGAUAAUUAACCAUUUUGAGCGAUGCAGAGCUACUUUGAGAAUCUUUUGUCAGAGGAAAGGAUGGUUUAUCAGGCCUCUUUAGGAUGGUUAUGAGUGGCCCAUAGAGCUUUCUGUCCUCUAAUUCUAGAAAAUCAUUGUGUUAGAUAUAUUUCUCUGUCUUACUGUUGGGAGCUUAACCGUGGAAACGUCAUUGGUUUUGAUGAUUAAAUUCUUGACUCACUGAAAAAAAA